GUGCGUGUGUGUGCAUGUGUGCGUGCGUGUGUAGGUAACAGUGUUAUUCUGUGUGUUUAGGCGUAAGCCAAAGAAAGACGGGAUACCGACAUUGUCUGAUUGUCGCCCGCAGGUUUGUGGUUUUAUUUUAUUUUCUAAGGUGUUAAUUAUAGCAAAUGUUGCAUGUUUUGUUCCGUCACGGAAUGGCGCUUGGAAUGUACAUUUCAAUAUUUUACAGAUUGUUUGUAUCUGGCUUUUUCACUGUAAAUGGUUAAAAAUGUAUAUGUGGACAGAAAAGUUUUACAUGGCUGAGGGCGUAAGCCAAAGAAAGACGGGAUACCGACAUUGUCUGAUUGUCGCCCGCAGUUUUACAAAAGCAGAAUGGAAGGGUUGCCAUUGUUACUGGGGGCACAAGAGGCAUGGGCUAUGAAACUGCGAGACAGCUGGCAAGACUUGGCAUGCAUGUUGUCAUCGCUGGGAAUGAGAAAGAAGAGGGAAUAGCUGCUGCAAGGACAAUUCAGACAGAAUGCAAGGAGGGAAAAGCUGAGUUUGUCUUUGUGGACCUGACUUCCCUGAAAUCUGUGCGACAGUUUGUUGAAACAUUCAAAGGCAGAGGUCUUCCUCUCCAUGUUUUAGUCAACAAUGCUGGUACUAUGCUAGUUCCUGAGAGUCAGACAGAAGAUGGCUUUGAGUUCCACUUUUGUCUCAACUACCUUGGACACUUCCUACUAACCAACCUACUGCUAGACUUACUGAAGAAAUCAGGAAGACCAGGCUGCUGUUCCCGAAUUGUCAACAUGUCAUCUGCAACUCACUAUGCUGGGGUUAUACAAAUGGAUGACCUCAACAGGAGGGCUUCCUACAGUUCCCAUGGUGCCUAUGCCCAAAGCAAGCUAGCAUUGGUACUCUUCACCUACCAUCUGCAAGAGCAGCUGAUGGCCAGUGGUUUCUCAGUGAUAGUCAAUGCUGUGGAUCCAGGAAUGGUGGACACGGCGCUCUACGACAACCUAUGGAGCCUUGCUCAGGCUCUCAAAAAGCCAUUUGCCAAGAUUUUGUUCAGGACUCCUGCAGAGGGAGCCGCAAUAACAGUUUAUGCUGCUGCUGCCUCCGAGAUGGAAGGGGUGGGUGGCUGCUACCUUUACAAUGGCCAGAAGAGGCAGUCAGCACAAACAUCCUAUGAUACUGAGCUUCAGGCAGACUUGUGGAAAAAGAGCUGUCACCUCACAGGCCUUGACACAGCCUGAUCGACACAGCCUGUUUUAAGUAGUUAACUGUAUGUUCCAAAGCUUGACUUAGGACGUCAUAUCACCAUCACUCUGUCUGAGAAAGUAAUAUAUGCCUUUUAACCAUAUUUUAUAAGCAACUGUCAGAGUCUAUAAUGAAUAAAUGCCUUAAUGUUUUUUCCUCAAUUUU